CAUAUAAAACCCCUACACACCGAGCUUUCUUCCCUCAGAGACCGAGCGACUCGCAGUUUCUCUCAUCAACUCGCGUUCUGAAACUUCUUCGACUGCUUGUUUAGUUCUCUCGCUCACUGAGUGAGUAAUUCAAUGGCGACGGGACCGAGUUCCGCCGCGGAAUCCGAUUCCUCGACAACUCACAAUUCGGUGUUUAUAGACACCAGUCUAAACACACAUUUGGCCAUGAUCUUCUCCCAGAACGAAACCGUCUCCGACCUCAAGAAGAGAAUACUGUAUGAACACCCACUCUGCUUUCCUAGCAUAGGGGAUAUAAAGAUCGUAGCAAUAAAGGUAAAACGCAGGGGGCAUUUUUAUCAUCUAUCUGAUUCCAUGUUUGUGAAAAGUGCUUUUGUGGGUAUCAACAAAAAUUGGUUUCUUUAUGUCGAUGCUUCUAGCGUAGAGGGCCCCAGUGAAAACCAGCAUUCCAUGUGUCCUGAUUCUAGUGCUGCUUGUAUUGGCGUUAUGAAUAAAUCUUUGGCCGAUGGGAAUAACAUUCUGGUUGAUGGUCUUCUUAAAAGGUGUGCCAAUCCAGAUGAUUUAUUACUGCCACAACUUGAUAGCAAUCGACAUGUGAAACAGAAAGUAGGUACUAGUGAGUCUCGUGGGAAAGUCCCAAAAGGUGUGGGGGCAGCAGCUGCGCCUAUUGUUGAUAGUCAGAGCAAAAUUUCCUCUGUCAACAACAUUAGGUCAGAUCCCAAUAAACCAGAGAAAUGCCUUCAAUUUUGUGAGGAAAAGGAAAUUCCAGAAUCACAAACUGGAUGCCAGAAUGAAGACAUCAGGAAUGAGGUUAACGCGGAGCAUAGCAAUAGAGCACUGGAAAGUGUUUCAAAAACUGGAACUUCUGCAAAUAGAAAUUGUAGAGUGAGAAAGAAAAUUGACAGUCUGCUUCAUGACCAUGCUCCAAAGGAGAGUAAUGCUUCUGCUUCCACAUCCUAUGAUAACGCAUCACAUCAAGAGGUUGUCAUCACAGAAAAUCCCUUAGGCAACAAAGGUAGAGACGUUUCAUAUGGAAUGCAGAUUGAGAAAGAUAUUGCUGAUGGACAAUGCAUGAGUUUUUCUUCUGAAACCAGUAAGACUUUGGGUACUCCAAACGAAAAGACUAAUGUUCUAUGUGAGGUUGUCGUCAAUGAGCAAAGUAAUAAUUCAUUGGAAGAUGCAUCUCACUCUACUGCUGUUGCAAAGAGAAGUCGUAAAAGUAAGAAGAAAAAGGUUGAUGAAGAUUCUCUCGACAAAAACAGAGCUUUGUUUUCUGAUCCUAAUGAAGGGGUAGUUGCACCAGGAGAUGAACAACACAGGAAAUCAUUUGAUGAUACGCUGGAAUCUAGACCCAGUUUGGUCAAAAAACAUGAUGAAAAUAAAGAAAGCACUGUAGAUCCUUCAUCUGAGAAAGAUGACAGACGAGACAAGGGGGUCGCGGUGGAAACCAAUCCCAACAAUUUGAGUAGAAAAUCCGAACAACGUGGACAGGGUGCAAUGACUUCUGAAACUUCUACGGCCCUUAGAAAGAAGAGGAAACAUGAUUUUGUCCAGGAAGUUAGUGAAGUGUUUCGAUCACCAGGUGCUGAUGUUGGCAAUGUGAAAAGCAAACAAGGUGCAUCUGAUCUAACCAUUGCAGCUGCAGUUGGGAGAAUUGAAAAUUCAAAAGAUCAUCAGAAGCCAGAUGAUCCCAAGAAAGACGCUGCAGUUUCUAGCGCUGGGGGUGAGAACAUCGUUCCUAAUGGUCAUCAAGAAUGCAGAACUAGUAGCAUUCAUAGAAUUGAAGAGCAAAUAGAACCAUUGCAGAACAAUGAUGGUAAAGCAGUGCUAUCUGAGAAGGUGGAAGCAACUUCGGGGGCUGAAGAAGUCAGGAACACUGAAGAAGUAGUCUUUACUUCCAAAUCUUUUAAUGUAAAGAAAACCGUAGUUCCUGGUAAAUCUUCAAAGAAAAAAAGAAAUUCUAGAGCAGACAAAGAUUCAGUUGGUGGAUCUCUACUCACAUCAGGCACAGAGCAUCUUAAAGGCUCCCCGAGUGGCAUUUCAUUAAUUGAUCCUCAUCAAGCUGUGAUUGCGGAUCAUUCUAGUAAGAAAGCUAAGGAAAACGAAAAUAAUGUGCCCCCAAUAGUGGCUCAAAAAGUACCAGAAAAGAAAUCUUUGAGUACUGCUGAUUUGGCUACUGAUAGUGGAAUUGAUGAUGUAAUUAAAAGUGUGGUGGAGUCUGUGCAGCAAGUAAAUGAGCACCAGGUAAAUGCAGAAAUUCUGGGCAAGAAAUUAAGAAAGAAGAGUAAGAAGAAAAGAUCUAAUGCAAAGGAUCUUAUUGAAUUCCAAACAGAUGUGGAGGAUUUUGAUAAUGAGAGGCCAGCUCCCUCAACUGAUUGUCAGAGUUCAAUGAAGUUAAAUGGGAAACAAAGGAAUGGACUAAGAACUCCUGCUGGUAAUUCUGGAACCAUCCUACCCCAAGAAUCAUCAUUUAAGGCCGAGAAUGCUAAAGGUAUUGCAAUUCGCUCAGAGCAGAAGAGCCUAUUAGCUACCUCAGGUACAAUAUUCAAAGAUGAUAGUGUAGGGAGUUCUGAUAAUAAAGGUGGAGGUCAGGAUUCAGAUUCCAGCACCAAAACACCAUCAGAUAAUUCAGCAUCAGAUGGGGAGAGCAAUGCUAAUGUCAACUCACCUCUGAUAGCUCAUGCUGAUGCAUGUAAUGGGGAAAGCCAACAAGGCAUGACUGAGCUAGUCACGGCAUCUGCUGUAGGGAGGAUGGGAAAUGCAAAAGAUCAUCAUCUGCCCAAUAAUCUGAAGGAAGACAUUGAGGUUACGGGGGGUGGGGUUGAGCAUGUCAUCAUUAACAAUCGUGAAGAAUGCAGAACGAAUGAAACUCGUGGAGUUGAAAGGGAAAGAGAUCUUUUACUGAAUAAUGAUCGUAAAGCAGUGACAUCGGAGACGAGUGAACCAUCUUGCAGUGCCAAAGAAGAUAUGAACACUAAGGAUGUAGUUCUUCCUCAUAAAUCAUUAUAUGUUAAUGAAAAUGUGGAUCCUGAGAAAUCUUCAAAGAAAAAUAGGAGAUAUAGUAAAAACGAAGAUUUGGUUGGUGGAGCUCAACCGAACACUGAGGAGGCAGUUGUUGUUACUUCUAAAUCUUUGGACGCAAAUGAAACUGUUGAUCUGAGGAAAUCUUCAAGGAAAAAGAAGAAGACUAGAACAACUGGAGAUUUAGUAAGCAGAACUCCACUGGCAUCAAAUGCAGAAAAUGUUGAUGAUUCUGUAACUGAUAAGGACACCGGUGACGAGAUUCGAAGUGUGGUGGAGUCUGUGAAGCAAAUAAGCAAAAAUCAUGUAAGUUCAGAAAAUCUGGAUGAGAAAUCCGGAAAGAAAAGUAAGAAGAAACGAAAAUCUAGUGAAAAACGUUUCCCUGAAUACCAGGAGGAGAACGAGAAUGUUGGUCCUAGGGGAUCAAUGCCUUCAACUAAUGUGGCAAAGCCAACUGAUUUGGUGGAGACAGGUUCUAUGAAUCAAUUAAAUGGAUCGAAUGUCGAAUACGAUACAUAUAUGAAUGCCGUGAUUGUUAAGGGUUCUCAAGUUUCUUUGCAUUCUCUUGAAGACAAUAAUAAAGACAAGCCUCUUCAAGCUGUUGUUGAUGGUGAUCCCGCAAAUAACAGUUGUGCACAUGAAGCUACUAGUGAGGUGUUUGUUGGCAAGGUGCCUAAAGCAAAAGGAGAAAAUAAGUUGAAAUCUAAAAAGAACAAAAACAAGUUGGAUACACAUUCUAACGGUCCUUCGCCUGAUUCACAGGGUUCCUUAAAGGUAAAUGGGAAACAACUAAAAACUCAAGCUGGGAACUCUGGAAUCACUCUGUCUCACGGAUCUUCGUUGAAGGAUGCGUAUGAUAAACUCCCACUUCACGUGAAAAAUAAGUCUCCAGAAAAGUCUGGAAAAAAUGAUGCAAGAGAACUGCCAUCUAAGAAGUCUGAUAAGCUAAAUUACAUUCCAGAAGAAGUUAAAAAGCCCGCUGUUGUCAAUGCUUCUAGGACCAGUAGCUAUUCAGUCAAAAAGGGAGGAUCUCAAGCUGUUUCCACUUCCAGCUUAAAACAUUCUAAGAUGAUAACUGCCCGUACUAGAAGGGAUAAUGGAGGUGAGCCACCCGCUGACCGUCAUGUGGCUCUUAGGAAAGAUUCAAGUAACAGAGUUGGACAUAUUGUGAAUAGCUCAGAGCAUAAGAAGAGUUUGUUAGCUACAUCGGGUGGAAUAUUCCAAGAUGAUACUGAUUCGAGUUCGGAAGGUGGAGGUCAUGAUUCUGAUGGCAGCACUAGAACACCAUCAGAUAAUUCAUCAACUGGCUACUCAGUCUCAGAUGAUGAAAUCAAUUCCAACCAAGCGCUGAGAGGCAGAAAUGAAGACAGUGGAAAAAUCAUCAAACCACUGGUCAGCUCUUCUGGUGCAAAGGGUUUGGCCUUUGAAGCCAUCCUUAGAAGGUCCAGUGGAUUCAAGAAGGCCAAGUUAACAGCUUCUCAAUUUGACUCUGAAAGCCAGCCGGUUGAUUUUGUUCCAGACAGUCAGGCCAACCUGUAAUUGCAAUGUCUUUCUCGCUUUUCCCUUCUUUUUUGAACUAUGAAUGCUUUUCCUUUUGCGGAAAUUUUGGUUUAAUCGUAGUCUGCAUAGGUGCAUAUGGCAUCCCCAGAUUCUUUGUUUUCCUCUUUGAACAAGAAAAAAUGGAAUGAGCGUCGUGUUCUCUUGAAUGAUGUUGAAGUAAUUGUGUUAUGGAUGGUAGUUUGAACUUUGAAUUCAAUCCAUAAUGAGUUAGUGUGCAUGGUUUCCUAUGAUAA